CAACCAACCAUUUACAUGAGCCCUUCUCUCUCUAUCUCUCUAAGAGGAAAAGAAAAAUACACAUUGUGAUGGCGCACUGAUGACUCUUUCUUGUCCGCUUUGCUUCCUCUGGUUCCAAACGUCUCCAGCCGGCCAAACCCAAUUCACACACUCCAAAAUCACAAUCAUCGUUAGCGGAUUCUAGCUCUUAAUUUGGAUUCAAACUCAGCCUCGAAUUCCAUCGGAUAUAUUAGAUGCGAGCUGUGAAAAACAUAGGCAUCGACAGGUCCCGAUCUGCAGGAGGAUUCGAGUUCCUUGUUCUUUUCAUCUUUUCGCGAGGUGGGUCGGUCUGGUUUUGGGUAUAGAAUCGUGGGUUCGAUCUGGUUUUCCGAUUGGAUUGCUGGGUUUGUUUCAGUCGGAGAUUGGUUUCAGGUUCUGGGUUCCGUUUGAAAUGGUCUAUUACCAAAACUCAAUAUCGGUCUGCAAGUCUGUUGACCCAUCCAUAGCCAUGUCUGACACUAAAUCAAGGCUUAGCAAUCAUUUUCCUAGGAAUAGAAAGACACCCAAUUCGCAGAAUUGUUCUAACAUCCCAGUUUGUGAUCGAUCUCGAUCGGCGGCGAUAGAUAUAGUAAUCCUUAUUGCUGUUAUUGGUGCUUGUGGGUUUUUGCUGUUCCCAUAUAUUAGGUUUGUGGUCGUUGAGCUUAUGAAAAUUGUUGGUGCUAUUGUUUGUUUGGUUAAAGAGGAAGUUUCAGGUGCUCCGAUGAUAUAUGGUUCUAUAGGACUUAGCGUUUGUUGUGCCGCAUUGGCUGCCUGGUUGGUUUUGGUAUGUACUAGUCGGAAAUGUGGGAAUCCGAAUUGCAAGGGGCUGAGGAAGGCUGCGGAGUUCGAUAUUCAGUUGGAGACAGAGGACUGUGUGAAGAAUUCGACUAAUUUGGUUAAAGAUGGAGGCUUGAAGAAGGGUCUAUUCGAAUUGCCACGCGAUCAUCACCGCGAAUUGGAGGCAGAGCUUAAGAAGAUGGCGCCACCUAAUGGAAGAGCAGUUCUUGUUUUUCGAGCGAGGUGUGGGUGUUCUGUUGGUAGAUUGGAAGUUCCGGGGUCAAAGAAGUAUCGGAAGAUCAAAAAGUAGAAUUGAUGUGAUUGGUUCAAUUCAAUAGGAAGGAUAAUCAGCAUACAGGAAUAGCCAUAAUGCAGUGAGAAGGGCCUUCUCCUGAUUGAUCUCUUUCGAACUUUACUGUCUUUAAAUAAGUUUAUUGAAAUAAGUUGUAAGGAUUAUAUACAGCUGGUUAUAGUGGGGAAUAUAAGAAUCUUUUAAUUUAUUA